CCUCAGGCGUCGUUCAUAUGAUCAAACGAAGCUUUAACGGGCACUAUCUCGGUAGGAAGCAAUAGGGCCGCCCUGAAGCAGCAGCCGGCGCGCUGACGACCGUCCGCCGGACCGACAUGGGGACGAUGAGGCAAGUUCGUUCCUCGAAUCAGGUGUUAUCCACAAGGCUUUGGGGGAUAGGAAUGCAUAGCAGGCCGCCGCGAAAUGACGACCUCCUUCAACAGAUUUUAUAGACGUCCGAGGUCAAGUUCCGUUCAAUGAAGGUGAACGUACGGACACCAUCAUCCAAGUAUUUCCUCCGAGUCCCUGCAUCCAAUGUUUCUCCAUUCACCUUUCACGCAUAAUGUUAACAACGCAAAGAAAUAUCCCUGGACAUGUAUAUAUAGCUAGCCGUGUUGUGGAUGCCCCACGCUCUCCAAUCCUGUGCAAAGCGUAUCCCAGCUAUGGUAGUACUCUCGAGCUCCUUCGCCUUACUCUUGCUUUCAGUUGUUGCCAGAGCUGCACCGGCUUCCAACAUUACUCCCGGUGCGAAUGCGUGCCCCGCUCUUCCAAGUAAUCCAGUCGGAACGAACGUUGCAACGCUUCCGGAUCCGUUCACCUUCGCCAAUGGCUCUCCUGUUGUGACCCUCGAUGACUGGGCCUGUCGCCAAGCCGAAGUUAGCCAACUGCUCCAGACCUACGAGUUGGGUACUAAACCACCGAAGCCCACCUCUGUCACAGCGACAUACUCUGGAGGCAGAUUGACCAUCAACGUUUCCAAUGGUGGCACAUCCAUUUCAUUCACACCUACCGUCACUUUACCAUCCGGAACUGGUCCUUUCCCUGCUAUUAUCGGUUUGGAUGGCGGUAGCAUCCCCCGUCCCAGCAAUAUUGCAUUGAUCUCACUGAACACCGGCGAUAUAGCCGAGCAGAACAGUGCCACCAGUCGAGGAAAGGGCAAAUUCUACCAGUUGUACGGUGCUAAUCACAGUGCCGGUGCGAUGAUCGCUUGGGCUUGGGCUAUUAGUCAUAUCAUGGAUGUUAUUGAAACCACUCCAAGCUUGAAUAUCGACCCCAAGAGAGUCGCUGUCACCGGGUGCUCUCGAGACGGCAAGGGUGCCCUCGUCGCUGGAGCUUUCGAGCCCCGUAUCGCACUCACAAUACCUCAGGAGUCCGGUUCAGGAGGAAGUGAUAGCUGGCGUCUCUCAGACGAUAUGAUGAAGAGGGGGAUUCAAACUCAAACCGCCAGCGAAAUCGUAGGCGAGAACGUUUGGUUCUCGACGGCAUUCAACACCUUCGCCCAAAGCACCGUAAACGUCUUGCCGUUCGACCACCAUUCGCUUAUGGGCUUGGUCGCACCUCGAGGCCUCUUUGUUAUCGACCAAGUCGGAAUUGAUUGGUUAGGCGCCCCCAGUUCAUUCGGUGCAAUGAAGGCUGCACACAGGAUCUGGGACUCGCUCGGUGCCUCCGAUCAAUUUGGUUUCUCGCAAUCUGCUGCACAUACCCACUGUUCAUUCCCAUCGUCUCAGCAGAGCCAGCUUAGCGCUUUCAUUAAUAAAUUCUUGCUUGGUCAGUCGACGAACACUAACAUUCAGGAGACGGCAGGCGGCUACACUUACACCAAAGGACAAUGGGACCCAUGGAACAACCCGGUCCUCACUAGUAGCAGUAUCUCAAACGGUACACUGGCACAACAUUAAAUGCCCACAGCUUCUGGAUAACUUCCUUCAAGCGGAAGAUUUGGGGGAUUAGUGUAACCUGUAUUGUAAAGAAGUCUUGUAUUGUACAGUACUGUACGUCUGAGUCAAAAACGCACAUCUCAUUUUAAAAAUGUGUUUUUUUUCUCGAAUCUCGCAUUUUGACCUCAGCAAAAUGCGAUGAGAAAUGGCCUUUGUUGGCGCGAGACCGAUCC